GGCAACCCGGAACUUCAUGUGCAUAUGAAGCAAUUUUGUAAGUGACCCAACUUAACUGGUUAUAAGACAGUUAAUAGCCAACUCUGAGCUGACUUGUAAAGUCGACGUUAGCAAAUGAAAGUGUGAGAGAUUUGUAUUUAAAUAGCAUUCUAUCAUGCCGACGUCUCCUGUAAAAGUGCGCAUCCCUCUCACGAGCUUUGGGCAUCUGAUAACAGAGGUGAAGAAGCAACUGUUUGGCCUCGAGGGGCCUGCUGCCGUCAAGCUGACCGGUUUGAGGAAGUACUUUAACAGCUACACCAUACAGGGUCGCCGAAAUUGUGUCUUGGCUACUUACAGCGUCAUAGCUGUCACAGCGGUGGCCUAUUUCAUGCACAGACAAACCAAAAAAGAAGCUCAGAGAGACUCCACAGACUGAAAAAAAGCAUAUUGAAUGUGUUGCUGUUAUUUAUGAUGUGAAGAAAAAGAAAAUGGUGCUGAAUAAUACCUAUGGUGUCAAUAAAGGUUGUCUACUCUACAUCGGCCAUCGUGUCUU